CUCAGAAGACGACGACAAUCCGUGCCCUCGAGCCCCUGAAGGCUCUGGUCACAACUGUCUCCGAGAAGUGCAUCCGGCAGAUACUGGCACUGCAGGAAAAAGAGAAAGAUGAAAUAAAUACAUUAAAGCAAGAGAAACAACAUUUAUUAAAGUUAAUUGACAACAUGAAGGAAGCGAAGAAUUCUCUUCAGACUCAGGUAGAGCAUCUGUGGACAAGCGUGGCUGAGGGCUAUGCUCGCUAUCUCAACGAGUGCAGUGCCUGCAAACUGCUUCUAGCAAAACUGAACGAUAUGCCUAACGAACGGCUGGACACGGCACAUCGCCAAGUCCAAGAUGUCAAGGGUGAAGAUGUGGUGAAGUUAACUUUGGCAUUAAAGGUAGCCCGGCAGGACCUCACAAAAGCCCAGCUGAAGCUGAACACAAUGAUAGCAGACUACGGAGAUGUUGUGCCCAGAAGAGAUUUUGAAUCACUGGAGAAAAAAUACUCCGAUUUACUUCAGGAGAUGAAGACUCUGCAGAAGGAUUUUGAUCAGCUCUGGAAGCAAUACGAAACACUGCUGGAAAUCCACAGAGAGACUGCAGAAGAGCGAGACAACUUCUGCGCUCAACUCCAGCGAGUCCAGCACAACUGCACGCCCCGGCCAAACUGGGCAAAGUGUUCAGGUGCCAAACGUGUCCAAGGUGAUUCCUGGUGGGGCCGCCUGGCUGAGGGGAAGACCAGCGACCAGCUAGUGGAUGUGCUUCUGGAAGAAAUAGGAACAGGAGCGCUAAGACAGAUUAAUGUCUUCCCCGGAUGGGGCAAAGAUGACAAGGUUCCUGUGUACCUGAGGCACAAAGGUGAAGUCAAGAACAAAAAGCUGACCGAGAAGGAUGUGGUGAACAUCCUAAAGGAUGUCUGGAAGGAGAAAAUUGCCUUAGAACAGCAGAUGGGAAAGCAAUCCAGUCUUCCCCAGUUCUUUCUCAGCUACCUCCAGAAGUAUGGAGAUGCUGCUGCCAUGGAAUGGUUUUACACCCUCUAUGAGAACAUGUGCCUCCGUCAAUUGAACCACAUCCUGAGCUCAUUUUCGACGUACUCACCGGGAAGGGUGGCUGAAGAACAGUACCAUGGCCAGAAUCGGCUGAUUUCCAACUUGCAAAAGGAGCUGGUUGCCUGCGACAGCUCAAACAGCGGAUCCCAGAGCAGCAAGCAGUCCAGCAUGGCUGUGAGGGAAGCUUUUCCGCUGAAAAGGAAAAACUCAAUCCAAGAACUCUUUGAUGCAAGCAGGUACAAGCUGGACAGCACCAAAGACCUCAUCGACUACAUAUCCUUAUUCAAAGAAGAUGAGGAAGGGAGCACCGCACCUUUCGUUGCAAAGCUCAGGAGCCAGUAUGUCAGGGAGCAGAGACAGCUGAGGAACAAGCUGGGAGAUUUAACAGAGGUGAAGGCAGAUGAUCUGAAGACGGCCUUCUGCACGAUCGAUCCCGACAUUGAUGAUCAGACACUAGAUACUUACAUUGGCCUGGCUUGUCAAGUGCAAAGAGAACAGCCAGACCAAGAAGUUGUGCUUGUGGAAACCGCACUUGAGAGACUGCGGGCUGGAGACGUGAGACGAGUCAGGCCCUCACCCAGGGAGGGCAACAUGACAGGCUUUGAAGGAGAGUAA